ACAGAUUUAGAAAUACAAAAUCUGUGAGAGUGUGCCACUGAUUGAAUUUCCCUAGCAAACUGACAUGAGGGAUGAUACAUUGACUCAUACGAAGUACAAUUACUAAAUUCAUGCUCAUGAGAUCAUGGUUAUAACCACUACAAGUGACGCGCCGCCCUUCGAGGACGAUUAACAAUGAAUUCUAUUUUUAAUUAAUAAUUUACUUGCUGCCCUUGAUCUUUCCUUUCGCAAGAAGGAGGGUCAGGGGCCACCAGUUUAUUAUUCCGUGAGGGCCACAGAUGAUAGAGAAAGGGAUACAAAUGCGAUUCGAUAUAAGGGCAUUACAAAUUACAACAACAGUUAAUCAGCAAAAUUGAAUAAUGUCUGUUAUAAUAAUAGCGAUUGCAAGCGAAAGUGGCGUGCCAAUAUUUUCAAGAAAACGCGGCAACAAUGAACAUAUACAAUUCUCAACAAUUGCCUCUCUGCAUGGCAUCAAUAUGUUCACUAAAUGUCACAAUUUAUCAAUGAUUAAUACAAACGUUGAUAAUGGAAGUAUUGUAUGGAAAGAGUAUUGUAAAAGUGUUACUCUGAUUGGGAUAGCUACAGGUGGACUGGAAUGUGAUCUUGAGCUGCUACUGUCAUGUGUGCAUGACUUAAUGAUUUUCUGUAUAGGAAAAAAAGACUUGGAAAACCUAAAAAAUAUUGACCAAAUUAAACGUGACCUGAGGCAGUGUUAUCCGAUACUUGACUAUCUAUUGGAAUCCUUAGACCCUAAUGCUGUGUCUAGUCCACUGCCGACAUUGGUUUUAGAUCUGAUUCAGAGCAUAUUAUGUCCACAAGCUCAACAAUUGCAGCAAGCAUUAGACGACUACGCUGAGAGUGUGACUGGUCGUUGGGCGUGUCUCAGUAUACACGGGCACUUGGUGGCCACCAGCUCGGACUUCUGGUCGCUGGACGCUCGCGAGGCUCGGCUGCUUCUGCUGCUAGCGGCGGCGCAGGACGGCGCUCCGCUCAGGGAGACGCCGGUGUAUCUGCCCCACAUGAGCCCUAAUGUAGCAUUCCGAGCUGUGACAUGCAAGCUACUUGCAGACGUGUACGCCCUAGUGGUGUGCGGAGCCACGCCCCCGCUGUCGGAAAUUGAUGAAAUUGUGCUCCAGUGUUGGGAAAGCUAUGCACAGAUUAUAAAAGAAGCUAAACUUGUGUAUUCCAGGAAUUUUCCUAUGAGCGUUACUUUCGAUAGCAGUGUGUUGGGCAUCUUGGUGGUGAACAUAAGCAAGAAACAGUGCGUUUUCUCCCGCCACCUACACUCCUCCACCCAAAAAGGCCGCAGUAUGUCCGGAGCGCAUAGAAUAGACGUCUUGCGCACUUUCUAUGUGACUACAGCGAGAAACAUGACCCCGGAGUUGAAGAUGAAAGAAAUUGAUAAAGAUAAUUUGGAAGAAUGUAUGAAUGAAACAUAUUGGUCUUCAGAAUAUCAUAAAUGUUAUGGUAUGAGGUCUGGAAAUAUUUUGUGUUGCGUCCUUUAUGCAUCUUCUGUGCCUACGCAUACAACCCGGUUAAUAACCAAUCAAAUCCUGCAAGAAUUAACCACAAACAAAGAUAUCCACUGGUAGUGUAGUAUAAGCAUACAUUUUUUUAAAUAAACCCCGUCCAUAUUUUCUAAGUGUAAAUACUUGAUAUUAAAUGUAUAUUUUUAUUA